UUUUUCUAAAUGAUGGAUGGCAAUAUCAACAUCUCUAAUGGGACAUCAUUCUUCGGACAAUGUCAUCGAGACACCAGGAUAGCCCAUGUGACGGAACUUUAAUUUUGGGGAGAAGAUAAUGCAUCCUACAGACACUGCUCCAAGGAAAGGAACAAAACCAGAAGAAAAGCUACACAAAUGACAGAAAUUAAAACUUAUACAACCAUGAUGUACCCAGAUCAAUUGCCACCAGCGUGUUUCCUGAAAAACAUUUGACCUGCAAAGCAACAAUUAUAAUGGAGUCUAACAUAUCAUAUGUGAAGAUUCCAGAUCAUUAUCAUCUGAGUCAAGACACCAGUACUUUAACCAACUAUUCACAAGAACUACCAGGGAAUUCUACCAAUAAUGAAUUUACAACCAUAGUUUUGCCCGUGCUUUACUUCGUCGUAUUCCUGGCAAGCAUCCUACUGAAUAGCUUGGCUGUAUGGAUUUUCUUCCACAUCAGAAACAGGACCAGUUUUAUCUUCUACCUUAAAAAUAUUGUGGUCGCAGACUUGCUGAUGACUCUGACAUUUCCAUUUAAAUUUAUUCAAGAUGCAAGACUGGGGCCAUGGCACUUCAACUUCUUUGUGUGCCGCUUUACCUCUGUCUUGUUUUAUGCAAACAUGUACACCACCAUUGUGUUUCUUGGGCUCAUUAGUGUUGACCGGUAUCUCAAAGUUGUGAAACCAUUUGGAGAUUCCAAGAUGUACAGUCUCACUUUUACCAAGAUUCUGUCUGCAUGUGUUUGGACUGCUAUGAUCUUUUUAGCCUUGCCCAAUAUGAUCCUUACAAAUGGCUGUCCAACAAGAAAAAAUAUGGAUGACUGCUUAAAACUGAAAAGUCCUUUGGGAGCCAAGUGGCACAAAGCUACCAUUUAUAUCAACAAUGGCCUGUUUAUCGUUGUACUGAUAAUAUUAAUAGGAUGCUAUAUUGAAAUAUCAAAGUACAUCUAUAAAUCAAGCAAGCAGUUUAUCAGCUCUUCAAGUCGCACACGGAAACACAACCAAAGCAUAAGGGUCGUUGUAGCUGUAUUUUUCACGUGUUUUCUGCCCUACCAUUUGUGCAGAAUGCCUUUCAUUUUUGUCCACUUAGAUAGAUAUUUAGACGAUUCGGCACAGAAGAUCCUUUACUAUUGCAAGGAAGUGACCCUCUUCCUUUCGGCAUGCAAUGUGUGUCUAGAUCCCAUCAUUUAUUUUUUUAUGUGUAGAUCAUUUUCACAAAGAUUUUUCAGAAAAUCAAACAUGAGAACAAGAAGCGAAAGCAUUAGGUCACUUCAGAGUGUCAGAAGAUCAGAGGUACGCAUCUAUCAUGAGUAUGUUGAUCUAUGA